AUGGCGGUGGAUCAAAAUGCUACAGAGAACAAUAGCGCAGAGAUCCCCACAGACCUAGCAGCGGUAUCCACCACCCACGGCAUCAAGGACAUAGAUUUGGUCAGCAAGUUAGCCACUAGAAAGAUCCAAAUGAUCAAAGAGCUCUUCGAGUUGGCUAACAAGUCUACAAAGUAUGCUGAAGCUCAGGAACAUGCCAAAAACCCUCAGCCUAGCAAGGAUAAUCCUGAGUCCUCAGCAAAUGGGGGGAAGAAGAAUAAACCUGGUGACAAGCACGAAGGUCUAGACACGACUGUAGCUACGGCCAAUAGGAGCAAGUCGCGCAACACCGGGGAUAACAAAGGCCUGAGCCAAGGCUGCCCAAUGCUAGGCAAGUUCGUGGCAGUGGUGCACUACGCGUAUCAAACACUCAAGAUUCUAGGCUCCAAUGGGUUCAUAAUUGUCAAUGGGGAUCAGCGUGCAAUGGUCAAGUGCAAUAAGCAGAGCUUGGAUAUGGUCGAGCACUUCUACUGGGAGAUAACUACUUCAAAAGGAAAUGAUGAUGCAAAUGGGUCUCGAACCAACACCGGUGCUGCUGUAUCAAUGGAGGAAUUCCAGCAGUUACGAACUCAAAUUAACCAAUUGAUGGAGCAGCUGCAAACCCUCCAGCACCAAGUGCAAACUGAAGCGGAGUUUCCACAAAAUGAUGCCGAUUUUGAUGAUGCUGCCGCUGCUGCAUUGGAGGGUGAAGCUGCACGUCUUCAAGCUGAGGCGGCACGUCGAGCUGCUGGCCGUGGACGUGGCGCUGCUGGUCGCGGCCAGGGUAAUAGAUUGGGCAAUAACGAUGCUGAUAAUGUUCGGCACCACAUGUUUGGUCGUGCGCGGCGCAUUCCAGUUGGAGGUGCUCGAGAUUAUGAUGCAGAUUCUGAUGCUGAUGGUGGAGGAAUGUUUGGUGGCAAUUAUGGCCAUCAUGAACGACGUCGUGUUGCUCCUGAUCGUCGUCGUGAUGAUGAUAGUUUGGGCAAGGUUAAAGUGUCUAUUCCUAAAUUCAAUGGCAAGGAGAAUGCUGAUGAUUAUUUUCAAUGGGAGACCAAGGUUGAUCAGAUCUUUGAUUUAUAUGAUUAUGCUCCUGAAAAGAAGGCAAAACUUGCUGCUAUUGAGUUCACAGGUUAUGCAAUCACUUGGUGGAAUCAAGUAUGUGCUGAUUUCCGCCGUGUUGGCCAUGAUCGUAUUACUUGGGAUGACAUGAAACGAGAAAUGAGGCGCCGAUUUGUUCCUGCACAUUAUUCUCGUGAGCUACAUUUGAGGCUGAAAAGGCUUGUUCAAGGUCAUCGUAGUGUGGAUGAAUAUUUUCAGGAAAUGGAAAUGUGUCUACUUCGUACCGGUAUCACUGAAGAUGAGGAAUCAACGAUGGCUCGAUUUCUGGUUGGUCUUAAUAAACCAAUCGCAGACAAGGUGGACAUGACUAAUUACAACACUAUGAAUGAAUUGCUACAUUUUGCAAAAAGAGCAGAAAGGCAGCUUGCUGAAUCUUAUAAGCACCGUGCUUCAUUUUCCGCUCCUAAUAGUUCUACUCCAUGGCGCCAUUCACAGCAGCACGGGUCAGAGGUGCACACACCUUCAUCUCGUGCAACUUCUCGUUCAAAUUCAACGUCUACCAAACAUUUUGAUUCAAGAGGCAAAGCUGUAAAUUCCAAUCAGUCCAGCUCCUCUGUUACAGCAGCCCAACGGAAGACAAGCAAGAUUGAGUGUUUUAAGUGUGGUGGUCAUGGACAUAAGCAAGCUGAAUGUCCCAAUAGACGCACUAUUAUUGUACUUGCAGACGGUUCUUAUGAUUCUCAAAGUGAAGAGGAGGAUGAGCCUAUUACCCAAGCACCACCAGCUCCUUCUUUGGUGGUUCGGCGGGUUCUGUCAACACAAUUUGUUGCUGCUGAGCAAGGCCAGCGCCACAAUUUGUUUCAAUCACGAUGCAAAGUGAAAGGACAGGUGUGCCGCUUCAUCAUUGAUGGUGGGAGCUGCAACAAUAUUGUUAGUGCUUUGCUUGUUGAGAAGCUUGGUUUGCAGACACGUCGCCAUCCACAUCCGUACCACAUGCAAUGGCUGAAUAAUUCUGGGACAGUGAAGGUUUCAGCUAUGGUCCGCUUGUCAUUCUCCAUUGGUGACUAUCAUGGAGAGGUUGAUUGUGAUAUUGUACCCAUGCAAGCAUGCCAUUUACUGCUGGGUCGUCCAUGGCAAUUUGAUGUGGAGGACUUCGAAGAUGUUUUUCCCGAUGAGGUGCCAGCUGGACUUCCUCCACUCCGCGGAAUUGAGCAUCCAAUUGAUUUGGUACCAAAUGCUUCUCUUCCAAAUCGUACAGCCUACCGCACCAAUCCCGAAGAGACAAAGGAAAUUCAGCGACAGGUAAAAGAGCUUUUGGACAAAGGGUAUGUUCGUGAAUCUUUAUCACCAUGUGCUGUUCCCGUUCUUUUAGUCCCAAAGAAAGAUGGCUCUUGGCGCAUGUAUCGUGUUGUUUUCCUUGGUUUUGUUGUGACUGCAGAUGGCAUCCAGGUUGAUGAAGAGAAGAUUAAAGCGAUAAAGGAUUGGCCUACUCCUAAAAAUGUGAGCCAAGUUCGAAGUUUCCAUGGUCUUGCAGGUUUCUACCGGCGCUUUGUCAAAGAUUUCAGUGCAAUCGCUGCACCCCUUAACAAUUUGACAAAGAAGGAUGUUCCAUUCAAGUGGGGAGAUGAACAGGACCAAGCCUUCGAAGAGUUGAAAAGAAAGCUUUGUGAAGCACCGCUGCUACAACUACCAGACUUUGGUAAGACCUUUGAGAUCGAAUGUGAUGCAAGUGGUAUUGGCAUUGGAGGUGUGCUACUUCAGGAACGUAAACCUGUUGCCUACUUUUCUGAAAAGUUAAAUGGUCCACAUCUGAAUUACUCUGUCUAUGACAAAGAGCUUUAUGCCUUAGUUCGAGUUUUGGCAGUUUGGCAACAUUAUUUGUUACCUAAAGAAUUUGUCAUCCACUCUGAUCAUGAAGCUUUAAAAUAUCUCAAAAGCCAAGGCAAGCUGAACCGUCGACAUGCUAAAUGGAUUGAGUUCAUUGAAACAUUUCCCUAUGUUGUAAAACAUAAGCGUGGGAAAGAUAACAUUGUUGCUGAUACUUUAUCACGGAGAUGUGGCUUGUAUUAUGUGCAUGAUGGUUUCUUAUUUCGGACUAACAAACUAUGUAUUCCAGCCUGUUCGAUUCGUCAAGUUCUUUUGCAGGAAGCACAUGCUGGUGGCUUAGCUGGUCAUUUUGGCAUCAAAAAGACAUUGGACAUGCUCUCUGAUCAUUUCUUUUGGCCACAUAUGCGACGUGAUGUCCAGCGACAUGUUGAGCGCUGCAUAAUCUGCUUGAAAGCUAAGUCCCGCCUUAAUCCCCAUGGUCUUUAUACUCCAUUACCAAUCCCAACUGUACCUUGGGAAGAUAUAUCCAUGGAUUUUAUUCUGGGGUUACCUAGGUCUCAGAGGGGGAGGGAUUCUAUCUUUGUUGUUGUUGAUCGCUUCUCUAAAAUGGCACAUUUUAUUCCAUGUCAUAAGAGCGAUGAUGCUUCACACGUUGCUGAUUUGUUUUUCAGGGAGAUUGUUCGUCUACAUGGAGUGCCAAAGACUAUUGUUUCAGACCGAGAUACAAAAUUUCUAAGCUAUUUUUGGAAGACCUUAUGGGCUAAACUUGGCACGAAGUUGUUAUUUUCCACCACUUGUCAUCCACAAACGGAUGGGCAAACUGAAGUUGUCAACCGUACCCUAUCCACCAUGCUGCGUGCCGUGCUGAAAAAGAAUUUGAAGCUGUGGGAAGACUGCCUUCCACAUGUUGAAUUUGCUUAUAACCGGGUAGUCCAUUCCACAACAAAUUUUUGUCCAUUUGAAAUUGUUUAUGGUUUUAAGCCGCAUACUCCCAUGGAUCUUUUGCCUUUACCAUUACAGGAACAACCCGGAGACCUCGUGUGGUUGCAUCUACGCAAGGAUCGAUUUCCCCAACAGCGCAAGAGUAAGUUAUCUCCUAGGGGUGAUGGUCCGUUCAAGGUUUUACACAAGAUAAAUGAUAAUGCUUACAAAAUUGAGCUGCCGCCUGAAUAUUCCAAUGUGAGUACAACAUUCAAUGUCAAAGACUUGCUUCCAUUUGUUGGUGAGCCUGAGUCGAGGACGACUCCUUCUCAAGAGGGGGAGGCUAAUGAGGACAUUCCUAGCAUUCAUUCAGCUCCAAAUGAAACUACAUUUGAUAUAGCUGGUCCGAUUACAAGGAGUAGAGCAAAACAAUUGGAGAAGGAAAUUCAUUCUCAGGUGAAUGCUAACCUUAUGCUUAAUAAUCAGAUUAUGUUGAAUGGGCCUAUGCUUUUGAGUACUUGUUUCAAUGUUCUUAGGAAUGAUGGAGUGCACGAACAAGCGUGGGAUGAUGAUGGAUUCUGCCCGCCAAAUAUAAGCAAGGAACCUGGACGUGCAAGAGAGAGAGAAAAGAACAUUUAG